CGCGCGCUCCGCCCGGGCCUCGCAGGCGGCAGCCCAGGGGCGCCCGGUGCCCGCUGAAGUGCCAGGCGCGGGGGCUGGUGCCCGGACCCUUCGCUGGCCCCCAACCCCGGGGGUGAGACCGCUCUCGGGCGGGCGAGAGCUCGCGGACCUGCACGCUGCCGCCCCCGCCCCGCCCCUCUCCCGGGCAUCCGCAGGCUCCAGACCUGAUCCCGGGACGGCGCGGGAGGUUGGUGCCCGCUCUCCCGACUGCGCCAGCUGCCCCAUCGGUCGGGGAGCGCUACGAUUUCUUUCCUCAUUUCCCUCUUUUAAGUGCAAUAAAAGGGAGAGGGGAUUCCUGGAUUUUUAAAAAAUUUGUUUGCUUCUUUAAUUGGGGGUCAAGUGCUCCCAGUCGGGAGGUGCGGCCCAGGGAGGGGCCAGGAGCGGGAACGUGCCCGGUGCUGCCCAGUCUUUGUCUGCUGCCUCCGGAUGCACAGCGAUGGGGGAGUGGACCAUCUUGGAGAGGCUGCUGGAAGCCGCGGUGCAGCAGCACUCCACUAUGAUCGGGAGGAUCCUGUUGACUGUGGUGGUGAUCUUCCGGAUCCUCAUUGUGGCCAUUGUGGGAGAGACGGUGUACGAUGAUGAGCAGACCAUGUUUGUGUGCAACACCCUGCAGCCCGGCUGUAACCAGGCCUGCUAUGACCGCGCCUUCCCUAUCUCCCACAUUCGUUACUGGGUCUUCCAGAUCAUAAUGGUGUGUACCCCCAGUCUCUGCUUCAUCACCUACUCUGUGCACCAGUCUGCUAAGCAGCGAGAACGCCGCUACUCUACUGUCUUCCUAGCCCUGGACAGGGAACCCCCUGAGUCCAUGGGAGGUCCUGGAGGAACUGGGAGUGGAGCCAGUGGUGGUGGCAAACGAGAAGAUAAGAAGUUGCAAAAUGCCAUUGUCAAUGGGGUGCUGCAGAACACAGAGAACACCAGCAAGGAGACGGAGCCAGAUUGUUUAGAGGUUAAGGAGCUGACCCCACACCCAUCAGGGCUGCGCACUGCAGCGCGAUCCAAGCUCCGAAGGCAGGAAGGCAUCUCCCGCUUCUACAUUAUCCAAGUGGUGUUCAGAAAUGCCCUGGAGAUUGGGUUUCUGGUGGGCCAAUACUUCCUGUAUGGCUUCAGCGUCCCAGGGUUGUAUGAGUGUGACCGCUACCCCUGCAUUAAGGAAGUGGAAUGUUACGUGUCCCGGCCUACUGAGAAGACUGUCUUUCUAGUGUUCAUGUUUGCUGUGAGUGGCAUCUGUGUUGUGCUCAACUUGGCUGAACUCAACCACCUGGGAUGGCGCAAGAUCAAGCUGGCUGUGCGAGGGGCCCAAGCCAAAAGGAAGUCAGUCUAUGAGAUCCGCAACAAGGACCUGCCCCGGGUCAGUGUUCCCAAUUUUGGCAGGACUCAGUCCAGUGACUCUGCCUAUGUGUGAAGGGGCAGGUUUGGGGAAAGCCUGGGGAAUGAAACGUAGCCCCGAGGCAGAUGUCUGCUUAGAGAGUGGCUGAUUCUGCCCUCAUUUACCAUCGAGAUGUAGGACAAGACUAGUGAAGAGAAGACCUUGCAUCAAUGGGAGAGGAGAGAAAGUAGAAUCAUUGCUACACGUCACACCAUCAGUUCCUCCAGAAACCAUCGGGUUAGAGUGAUGAGAUGGAUGAGUGGGACUUCUUUGGGUCCUCUUCAUUUAUGGCCGGUCUGAUUCUGAUAACAGUGUACUUGCACAGCUACCAAGUAGGACUUCGCUCUGCUGAGCUCUAUAUCCUGGUGAAUGGCGUGAGACAAAUACUUCAUUGGUACAAAAUUUGUGACCUAUCUCAACACAUCCCUUCAUCCUGGGCUGCAAGACAAACAUCCUUGAGGCAUCUUCCGUGUACCUCCCGCAUCAGCAUGCCCCUCUCCCUCAACCCAGGAUAGCAUGCCAGCUUUUUUUCUGACUCUGGCCUUACAGUAGACCUAAUAUGGUUAAUCUGCAAGCUAGAGGGAAUCACAGGGGGUGCUUUUUGGAAAAUGGCCAUGGAAAAGGUUUGCAUUAAAGCCCCAUCUGACUAGCCCUUAGUCAUUAUGAAAACCUUCGGAAUGUCUCAGUAUUUCCAAUUUUCUAACUCAAACUGCACUGGUGCUGUUUAUUA